CCAUGGUCGUGGAGUGUUUCGUCCGCGCAUGCGGGCUGGUCAUCGUCAACACCGUCUGCAUCGGCGGCACAACCAUCAUCCUCUACGCGCUUGUCCGCCUGUCCCGGAAGCCCCACACCAGCAAGAAAUCCAUCGUCGGGUUCACGUUCUUCUUCCUCGGCUCGUUCUGCGUCCUCGCCGGCUUCUACACGUUCUUCUGCGGCGCCUUCUUCCCGUGGUCAGCGCUGUGCCGGUGCCUGGCCUCCACCCACCGGGCGCUCCUGCGGCACCUCCGUUCCGCGGGGCGGCUUCUUUGCCUGCCGUGCCGGUGUGCGCGCGCCAGGCUACGGCGCCGAAGCGGUAGCGGUGGCGGCACCAGCGCUCUGCCGCAGUUUCUGGAGCAGAUACAGGGCCACAUGCCCGCGCUGGCACGGGAGGCGCCGAUGCAUGGCGGCGCACGGGCGGCGACGGCGUAUGACAUCCUCUCGUACGAGCAGCCGGAGUGCGGCGGCGGCACGCCGGAGUGCCCGGUCUGCCUCGGGGAGGUGGAGAAGGGGGAGACGGUGAAGCGGCUGCCGGCGUGCCUGCACAUGUUCCACCAGCAGUGCAUCGACCCGUGGCUGCAGGAGCACUCCACGUGCCCGGUCUGCCGGUGCAUCGUCUUCGCGCCAUUGCCGGCCCAAAUGGUAUGAGCGACACCGGUGAUGAGGGACAGCCGAGCGCACAACUCAAGCCCUUGUUCCAGGUCUCUCGACACGGGCGUUGCGUCGUGGCCUUUCCCGAAGGCAUCAUCUUGGAGUCGUCUUCGGUUGAGGAUUCUGCCGCUUCUUGCCGGUCCUGAUUUUUCAGAGGCCCGUGGGGUUGCUCUCAGUAGGAGUGAUUUAUUCCUGCAAGGUUCGUUGGCCUAGUAGGAGUUGUCUAGUCUCUUGCGUGGGUGGUCAACUGUUUGGCAUGAGCCCACAUGGAUUCCGGUUGCCUCAAGGGCUUCAUUAAUAUUCGUUUAUGCUCAAGUCUUGCUGGCUUGUGGACGAGUGAUAAUGAUGACGCUUGGGAACAACCUCGACAAUGUUUUUCUUCGCGACGAUGUGUGUGUAUUCACGUGUGUAUAGCUAGGUUGGCCGAGUUAUAUCAUGUACUUUCUCUAUCAUCUUGUAUUCGCGAAAAAAGGUUGGCCGAG